ACUAGGGACGAGGCUAUGGUUGUGAAAUUUGUGUGUAAAAAAAUCCCCAAAUUUAUUGUAAGGGGUUUCCCGUCCGUUAUCCUUCACAGAAAAAAAUUUUGUCAGAACCAGCGACCUUUUAAAUACAGAUUUUCUGUGGUUACUUGUGCAGCUGAGCUAGGGUCGAUCUUUUAAUCGCGAAUUGCAGCAACCAGCUGUGUUCUUCGUUGGAAUCCACUUUUUUGUUUCCUUUUGUUUUGUUUUUGUGGUCGGUGCGUUUUGUGCAUCAGUCAGGCAAACAGAUCAUCUUAGUCAUCUUAGCCUGUGGGGACUGAAAAAUAUGGCUUCCGAUAAAGCAAAGACAAGCAGUUAUGUAUCCGAUUUGACAGCUGUUCCACUUCAAAAGAUAGUUGAAAAUAGGCCUCUACUUGACAAGCUACGCUGUUUGGAUAUUGAAUACAAAGAGAAGUGCAACUGGCAGCAUUUGGCUCAUUCAUUUAAAGUGCCACAGGAUGUUUGUAAACGUCUAAGCUCUUAUCACAGACAGAGCCCAACAAAGAAGCUGUUCUUUUAUCUUCUAUCUUACCGUUCAGAUCUCCCCAUCAGUGAACUAAAGCAGGCGCUGAAAAACAUCUACAGAGCAGAUCUUUUGAGUUGUAUCAAAGAUCUCAAAGAUGAUGCUUUGGUUUCUGAUGUUAUCACAAAAACCUCUGUUCUGGAGACACUUGCCAUUGAGUUGGAUGUCGAUACUAUGCCGGCACCUCAAGGCAACUGGGAAAGCCUGGCCCAUGAAGUUGGUAUUAGAGACCACCUUAUCUUGGCUGUUAUAAGGUCUGAAUAUAAUCCUGCUGAAAAGCUGCUUGAGUAUCUGUCAUCCACAAGCCCAGACCUAGCAAUCGGCACAUUGAAAGCACAUUUAAAGUCUAUGAACAGGGGAGACAUCUUGGACCUACUAAGGGAGCAUAAAGAAGAUGAAACACUGAGAGAUGUCAUUAAACUUGGGACAGAUCUUCAAUUUAAGGUUACUCACAGCCUUAAUAACCAUAAUGGAUGGCAAAUCCUAGCAGAUAAGCUUGAUGUUCCUGCUGAAGUUGUUGAUGGCAUCAGGCCACCAAAUGAGAGGGACGUGCAUAGUCCAAGUCAAGGGCUUCUUCGCUUCUUGUCCAGAGAAAGGCCACACAUGACAGCACAGCACUUGGUUGACAAUCUGAAUGAGAUUAAUAGAGCUGAUGCUGUGUGGUUUAUCACAACACACUUUAGUUUGCCAAUCAAAGAUGAAACUUCAUUCCGUGAGAGAACUGCAUCCUGCCCUGCAUUGGGUGAAAGGCACACACACUCACGACCCACUCUGCAGACAAGAGCCUCUACGCCCGGCACGCCAAGUUUAACUGCUGAAGGCAGUGCCCCAUCCAUAUUGCCUGGUUUACAGGAAUCUCAUCAGCAAGAUGUGAGCAUCUGCCAUGGCCGCUUAAGCCAGAUCCCUUUUGGUUCUCAUGGUUGCAAUCUCGAGAGAAAGCCAGAUAUUUUCAUUGGACGCGAAAAGGCACAAGCAAGUUUGAUUACGGCGCUUCUUUCCUUGGAGCAUCCAAUGAUAGGCGUUUGUGGGGUUUCUGGUUUCGGAAAAACCACACUUUGUGUUAAUGCCUCAUAUGAACUGAUUGAAAAGGGACACUUUGUGGCCUAUGUGAAUUCCAGACAUGUUCACUGCACCGAUAACCUUGCUGAGAAGAUUUUAAGAGAAUUUGGUAUGACUGGAACUGGUAGUGCUGACCCAGUCAGACAGGCUAUCUCCCUUCUGAAAUCCUUCAACAGAGAUGUGAUACUGAUAAUCGAGAACGUUGACAAAAUGCUACACCUUUUUCAGAGGGAAGAUAAAGUUACCGCUAUCAAAAAGGAAAGUCGGAUUAAAGUUGACGAGAGCCAACAAAUUCUGUCGUCUUCUUCAAAUUUUGGUACCAUGUGUAGCAAACAGCCUGAAAGCUCAGAAAAGUCGUUCCUGGAAUUUAUCACUGACAUUGCUACAUACUGCCCUAGAAUCAAGCUUCUCGUAACAUGUUGGGAGAGAGUUGAUUACUUCAACUUUACUGUGAAAAAUAUAGAGCUUAAACCCCUUACCCUUAAAGAUUCCGUCAAACUUCUCCAAGUUAAGAGUGAAAAGGAAACUGGUAAGAUGAUGCCCAGAGAGCAGGCUGAGAAGAUUGCUUUGUAUUGUGAUGGUUACCCUCUGCUGUUGUGUGGGAGCAGCGUCCAGGAUUUACCAGAAUUGACAAGGAACAUUGCUCCUGCCGAAGUCCAUGGCAUGCUCGAUAGUGAUAAAAAGACCAGGAAACGUGUUGAUUGGUGUUUCAACAAGAUUUUUGAGAGGAUGGAUAAAGACGUAAGAAGAGUUUUGGUUAUGAUGUCGGUGUUUCCUGAAAGCUUCACUGUGUCUGAUGCCACCAUAGUCACCCAGGGCAUAAAAGCUGAAGUUGUUGAGUUCUGUCUCAAAAAGUUGACCAACAAACACUGCUUCAGUCGUUAUAAUCCUGAUACUAACGCAUACACGCUCCAUUCCGCUGUUCGCCUGUUUGGCACCAGGAAAGGAAAUGAUGAUAUCUACAGAGAGUUGUAUUCCCUGUCAAGGAAAAGGUUUAUUGAACACUACAUAGGGAAACUGGAAUUGUACGACGGCAAAUACUUCAGUAAGAAUUCACAAGAAGCUGUCCAGGCGUACCGUCAGGCCAAAUACAACAUCCGCCAGAUCAUCGAGUGGUGUGUCUGGGAGAAUAAGCCUCCCUUAGACCCCGCCCUCAAACUUCAGUGCAUCGAUACCUUCAUAGAUAGUGCAUUGUUUCUGAUUAAGAUGAUGUCAACAGAGGAGUUUCGCACCCAGUUUUUGCUGCUCGCCAAUCAGUGUGAAUCAAAUGCCAAACGACAAAGCGCCUUGUUUGUCUACCAAGGGGCCAUGAAUGUCAUCAGUUGCACAUGCUAUCCCAAUAUCUGCCCGACUUGGUUGCUUCUUGCCCUGCACUAUUUUGAAAAAGCUCGUGAACUGAACAUAGAGACAAUGAAGUGUAGUGAGCGGUGAUUCUUAAGAGCAAAGGUGCUUUGGCUUGUUUCGCGGGGAAGAUGUUUGGUACGGAAAGGAAACACCGACAUCGGCUUGCAGCAAAUUGAAAAAGGACUGGGUAUUCUCCGGGCUGAAGACAACCCAAAGAGGUCCAAGAAAUCGACAGGGAAAGAUCCCAAAGAUAAAUUAUUGAAAGCCGUCUGCUUAGCAUACUUGGCAGUCUCCAUCAAGUGUCGUUCCGAGGCAAUCGAGAUUCUACAAAACAAAGUCAUUCACAUUUGUGAGCAAGCCUUGGGAGCGCAUCCUGUGACUGCCACAAUGUACGACUACAUAGGCAUGAUCUACUAUGAACAAGGGAGGCUCAACGAGGCUUUUCAGUACCUCCAGAAAGCCCUGGAGUACAGGAGAAAAGUCUUAGGGGAACACCGUGAUACCGCACGCACUCUGUAUGAGCUAGGCGCUACUCUGUCUGCCCAAGCAAGCGUUAUGCCCCCGGAAAUGAACCAGGAGCAGAACCUGGCAUCCCUGAAAUACCUGGAACAAGCUCUGGUCAUGCAGCAGCGUGUCUUGGACACCCCUGAAGAGAUAAGGAUCACAUGCCAGGAACUUGCCGUGGUGCUGACUGCUCUGCAAAGGUACGAAGUAGCCCAAUGCUACAUGGAUAAAAUCAAAGAGUGCCAGCCUAAACUCAGGAAGAUACCGCAAUGUGUGAUUCCAUAAAAAAAAUCCAUAACACCAUCCUUUGACUAUCUCUCUCCAUACAGUCUGUUUUCUAAAAGUAGAUAGACUUUAUGAUGUCCUAGGGCACUAUCUCAAUAUGCUAAUAGCCAACUUACGCUGUUCUGGGCGCAGCAUGUGAGAUGAAAGAUAAGACUGCAAAGCAGUUUGAAAGCCUCGAUAAUUGGUAGUUGUGUUUCAUUAUAACUCUUUUAAAGAGCCAUAUUUUGAUAUAGAUUCAUAUUUUAUUUUGCAAUCUUUUGUAGAGAAAUUGCUAGUACAAGAUGUAAAUAAUUUUAAGCUAAGCUAAAUUUUUAAAUUAAACAUUAAAAUGUUGAAAAUAUAUGACUGGGACAGAAUAAAUGGUCUGCACAUUCUUA